ACAAGCCUAGCCUCUCUGCUAUAGCUGCAGCUGCUCUGAAGAAAAGUGAGGAGGUAAGAGACAUGGUUUCGCUCAAGCUCCAGAAGCGGCUCGCCGCCAGCGUCCUCAAGUGUGGUCAGGGAAAGGUCUGGCUUGACCCCAAUGAAGUCAGCGACAUCUCCAUGGCCAACUCUCGCCAAAACAUAAGGAAGUUGGUCAAGGAUGGGUUCAUCAUCAGGAAGCCCACCAAGAUUCACUCGCGCUCCCGUGCACGUCGUAUGAAGGAGGCCAAGAGAAAGGGCCGUCACUCUGGAUAUGGUAAGCGUAAGGGUACCAGGGAGGCAAGGCUGCCAACCAAAAUCCUCUGGAUGCGCAGGAUGCGUGUCCUCAGGCGCUUGCUUCGCAAGUACCGGGAGGCAAAGAAGAUUGACAAGCACAUGUACCAUGAUAUGUACAUGAAGGUUAAGGGUAAUGUUUUCAAGAACAAGAGAGUGCUCAUGGAGAGCAUCCACAAGUCUAAGGCCGAGAAGGCAAGAGAGAAGACUUUGUCUGACCAGUUUGAAGCUAAGCGUGCCAAGAACAAGGCUAGCAGGGAGAGGAAAAAUGCUAGGAGGGAAGAACGUUUGGCUCAGGGACCUGGAGAGAGAGCUCCACCAGCUGACUCAACACAGGCAUCUAAGAAAUCUAAGAAGUGAGUCCUAUGAAGAUAACUGAUAGAUGGAUGGCUGUUGAUGGUCCAUGUGUUUCAAGUUGUUUUGAUAGGCUAGUUUUAAAGAACCAGUAUCUUUGUUUGUUUUGGACUAAAUUACUUUGCUUUGUAGUUGAAAGAAGUUUCAGGAUCUUUGUACUAUGUAUGAAGUUUCGUAUGUUUUGCUAUCUAUUUAUUGGUUUUUGCACUUGA